AUGCAGCAUGUGACUGUCUGGAUUGACCUCCUCCUCCUCCUGUUCCUCCAUUGUCUGACUUCAGCUGACCUGGAGGAGGUGGAUAGAAUGCUGGUGAUGGUCAUUGUUGACAGCUCUCCCUGCAGCACCACCUGCGGACUGGGCGUUAAAACUCAAACCCUUUGUUUACUGGAAGAUGGCGAGACAGCCACUGAAGAAGUGACAAGUAAAGAUGGAACAGAGGUGUCGGAGGAUUGCCGUGUUCGUAAGGUAAAGUGUCUGGAGUCGUGGCAGUGUGGACUCAGGACCAUGACUGUGACUUCAGGAGAGAGAGUGGAGAUCGACUGUCUGGGAGAAGUCAUGGAGGCAAUGGGCAGGUUCUCCUGGAGGGUGUCGUGGCGUUACGCUCGAGGAAUAAUCACCUCUGAUGACUCUCUGUUUAUUCGCCGGGAUGCUCCUCUGCUGGAUCGAGUUAUUCUGGACCCCAUCAGGGAAGAGGACGCAGGUACAUAUCGCUGUAUCGUGCAGGAUGUCACCUUACGCAGGGUGAAGAGGGUUUACUGGGGGAUCCGGGUCUUACCUGUCGGAAUUCUCAAUCUGGACUACGAAAGCUCUCUGGCCCAGUGGGACUCCACUGGAAAUCAGCAGAAUGAGACCGCAUCAGACCAGCAUCACCAAAAGAUGGCUCUUCUUUACCCAAUGCUGAUCAGUCUGAGCCUGUCAGGCGUCGGCGCUGGAUUGAUGCUGCUGGGACUCUACUGGACAGCGAAGAGGAGAGGGCUCAAGCAUUUUGACAGAUCUGAGCAGCUCUCUAGCAAUGUCAUCAAGACGAAGAAGUAUUUCACUCGUUUCCAUCUUCUGGAUGGUGGUAACAGAGAGGCCCUGAUGCUUGAAGAGGCAGAUGAUGGAGCAGAUGUGACGUACGCGUCCGGAUAUCCCACCUCCCGAAUCAACUUCCCAAAUCCUGUGGUGUCCGUGGUGCCUGCCUCAUAG